CCUGCCACUAGCGCGCUCGGCGGCUCAUUCCGCGGCCGCCGCCAGCCGAGGGGAGAGGCGCUCGCAGAUGCCGCGGGGGCCGCUCGCAGCCGCCGCCGACUUGUGAAUGGGACCCGGACUGGGGCCCGGGCUGACUCGGCGGCGCCCGCCCUGCGCCGGGGACCGACGGCCGCCGCUCGCGCCCACCCUCCGGGGCUCCAGAAAUUAUUGUAUUUCCGGCUAAGUGGCCCUGUGACGAUCAUUCCCGUUGCCAUCUGCUGAGGGACCAAUCAGAUGGGUGGAGUGUGUUACAGAAAUUGGCAGCAAGUAUCCAAUGGGUGAAGAAGAAGCCGCCUGGGGAAGCGGGCAGCCCUGACGUGAUGUGCUCAGCAAGCAGAGUCAUUCCACUCCAGGAGAGGUCUGCGUGACACGUCUGGGAGGCCACCAUCGGCCAGGCGCCGCACGGUUGGUGGAAGGGGUGACAGCCGCAUUCUCCUGUGCCUACCACGGAACCAAAAAUGAAGGAGAACUACUGUUUACAAGCCGCCCUGGUGUGCCUGGGCGUGCUGUGCCACAGCCAGGCCUUCAGCACUGAGCGGAGGAGCCACCUGCGACCCUCAUUCCACGGGCACCACGAGAAGGGCAAGGAGGGCCAGGUGCUGCAGCGAUCCAAGAGAGGCUGGGUCUGGAACCAGUUCUUCGUGAUCGAGGAGUACACUGGGCCGGACCCCGUGCUCGUGGGCAGGCUUCAUUCCGAUAUUGACUCUGGUGAUGGGAACAUUAAAUACAUUCUCUCAGGUGAAGGGGCCGGAACCAUUUUUGUGAUUGAUGACAAAUCAGGGAACAUUCACGCUACCAAGACAUUGGACCGCGAGGAGAGAGCCCAGUACACACUGAUGGCUCAGGCAGUGGACAGGGACACCAACCGGCCGCUGGAGCCACCGUCCGAGUUCAUCGUCAAGGUCCAGGACAUUAAUGACAACCCUCCCGAGUUCCUGCACGAGACCUAUCAUGCCAACGUGCCCGAGAGGUCCAACGUGGGCACGUCAGUGAUCCAGGUGACGGCCUCAGAUGCAGAUGACCCCACCUACGGAAACAGCGCCAAGCUGGUGUACAGCAUCCUCGAAGGACAGCCCUACUUCUCGGUGGAGGCACAGACAGGUAUCAUCAGAACAGCCCUUCCCAACAUGGACAGGGAAGCCAAGGAGGAGUACCACGUGGUGAUCCAGGCCAAGGACAUGGGCGGACACAUGGGUGGACUCUCAGGGACAACCAAAGUGACGAUCACGCUGACCGAUGUCAACGACAACCCACCAAAGUUUCCGCAGAGCGUGUACCAGAUGUCUGUGUCAGAGGCAGCGGUCCCCGGGGAGGAAGUCGGGAGAGUGAAGGCCAAAGACCCGGACAUCGGUGAAAACGGCUUAGUCGCAUACACUAUUGUUGAUGGAGACGGUAUGGAACUGUUUGAAAUCACAACAGACUAUGACACACAGGAGGGCGUGGUGAAGCUGAAAAAGCCCGUAGAUUUCGAAACCAAGAGAGCAUACAGCCUGAAGGUGGAGGCAGCCAACGUGCACAUCGACCCCAAAUUCAUCAGCAACGGGCCUUUCAAGGACACGGUGACAAUCAAGAUCGCAGUGGAAGAUGCUGACGAGCCCCCCAUGUUCUUGGCCCCAAGUUACAUCCAUGAAGUCCAAGAAAACGCAGCCGCUGGCACCGUGGUUGGGAGAGUCCAUGCCAAAGACCCCGAUGCUGCCAACAGCCCGAUAAGGUAUUCAAUUGAUCGGCAUACUGACCUGGACAGGUUUUUCACUAUUAAUCCAGAGGAUGGUUUUAUUAAAACUACAAAACCUCUGGACAGAGAGGAAACCGCCUGGCUCAACAUCUCUGUUUUUGCGGCAGAAAUCCACAACCGGCAUCAGGAAGCCAAAGUCCCCGUGUCCAUCAGGGUCCUGGAUGUCAACGAUAACCCUCCCAAGUUCGCUGCCCCUUACGAAGGCUUCAUCUGUGAGAGUGAUCAGAACAAGCCACUUUCUAACCAGCCAAUUGUUACAAUUAGUGCAGAUGACAAGGAUGACACAGCCAAUGGACCAAGAUUUAUCUUCAGUCUGCCUCCUGAAAUCAUUCACAAUCCAAACUUCACAGUCAUAGACAACAGAGAUAACACCGCGGGGGUGUAUGCCCGGCAUGGGGGCUUCAGUCGGCAGAAGCAGGAUCUGUACCUCCUUCCCAUCGUGAUCAGCGAUGGUGGCAUCCCACCCAUGAGUAGCACCAACACCCUCACCAUCAGGGUCUGCGGGUGCGACGUGAACGGGGCGCUGCUCUCCUGCAACGCCGAGGCCUACAUCCUGAACGCCGGCCUGAGCACAGGCGCGCUCAUCGCCAUCCUGGCCUGCAUCGUCAUUCUCCUGGUCAUCGUGGUGUUGUUUGUGACCCUGAGGAGGCAGAAGAAAGAGCCACUCAUCGUCUUUGAAGAAGAAGACGUCCGGGAGAACAUCAUCACCUACGACGAUGAAGGGGGAGGGGAGGAAGACACGGAGGCCUUUGAUAUCGCCACCCUCCAGAAUCCCGACGGCAUCAACGGGUUUAUCCCGCGCAAAGACAUCAAGCCCGAGUACCAGUACAUGCCUAGACCCGGGCUCCGGCCAGCGCCCAACAGCGUGGACGUUGACGACUUCAUCAACACGAGAAUACAGGAGGCGGACAAUGACCCCACCGCCCCGCCCUAUGACUCCAUCCAAAUCUACGGCUACGAAGGCCGGGGCUCCGUGGCCGGGUCCCUGAGCUCCCUGGAGUCGGCCACCACAGAUUCAGACUUGGACUAUGACUACCUACAGAACUGGGGACCUCGUUUUAAGAAACUAGCGGACUUGUACGGUUCCAAAGACACUUUUGACGACGACUCUUAACAAUAACGAUACAAAUUUGGCCUUAAGAACUGUGUCUGGCGUUCUGGAGAACCUAGAAGAUAUGGAAACAGGUAUUUUUUUAAAUCAAGGAAAGGCUCAUUUGAAACUUCGCAACAUUUUACAGAGAGGAUACGUUUAAUAAAACCGAAAGGACAUCAAAGUGGUAAAUACUGUGAAGUACCUUUUCUCACACACAAAAAAGGCAAAGAUUGAAGUUGUUUAUCAGCUUCAACGGAGGGAAACCACUUGGCGUAUGGAAUAUUUAAGCGAAGGAGAAACCUAACGGUGAACUUGCAAUGAAGGGAAAUCGUGUAUGUGUUAUGAACAUCUAAGUCCUUCUUUCUUCUUUUUCUUCCUUUUUUUUUAUUUGUCAAAGAAGCUUCCACAAAAUUAGAAAGGACAACAGUUCUGAGCUGUAAUUUCGCCUUAAACUAUGGACACUCUAUACGUAGUGCAUUUUUAAACUUGAAAUAUAUACUAUUCAGCCAGCUUAAACCCAUACAAUGUAUGUACAAUACAAUGUACAAUUAUGUCUCUUGAGCAUCAAUCUUGUUACUGCUGAUUCUUGUAAAUCUUUUUGCUUCUACUUUCAUCUUAAACUAAUACGUGCCAGAUAUAACUGUCUUGUUUCAGUGAGAGGCGCCCUAUUUCUAUGUCAUUUUUAAUGUAUCUAUUUGUACAAUUUUAAAGUUCUUAUUUUUAGUAUACAUACAAAUAUCAGUAUUCUGACAUGUAAGAAAUGUUACGGCAUCACACUUAUAUUUUAUGAACAUUGUACUGUUGCUUUAAUAUGAGCUUCAAUAUAAGAAGCAACCUUUGAAAUAAAAAAAGAUUCUUUUUUAA